GGCGCGGCCGUUUCCGGUUGUGGGACUGAAGGGUGCCGAGGAGGGAGCGUCGCCGACCGGGAAGGUUUCCAAAAGGAGUCACCAUGGCUGGGGCGAUUCAGCAAGUGGCAGUGGUGCUCUCCCUGUGGGCCCUUUGUGUCCUGGGCAAGCCCACUGAGAAGAAGGACCGCGUCCACCACGAUCCUCAGCUAAGCGACAAGGUCCAUGAUGAUGCGCAGAAUUUUGACUACGACCACGAUGCCUUCCUGGGUGCCGAGGAGGCAAAGAGCUUUGAUCAGCUGACGCCAGAAGAAAGCAAGGAGAGGCUGGGAAAGAUUGUAAGUAAAAUAGAUGACGACAAAGACGGGUUUGUAACGGCCGAAGAGCUAAAAGCCUGGAUUAAGUUUGCCCAAAAGCGCUGGAUAUACGAGGAUGUCGAGCGCCAGUGGAAGGGCCAUGACCUCAAUGAGGACGGGCUCAUUUCCUGGGAGGAGUAUAAAAAUGCCACCUACGGCUACAUCCUAGACGACCCCGACCCCGACGACGGCUUCAACUACAAACAGAUGAUGACGAGAGACGAGCGGAGGUUCAAGAUGGCUGACAAGGACGGCAACCUGAUUGCGACCAAAGAAGAAUUCACAGCCUUCCUGCACCCCGAAGAAUACGACUACAUGAAAGACAUUGUUGUGCAGGAAACAAUGGAAGACAUUGAUAAGAAUGGAGACGGCUUAAUCGAUUUGGAAGAAUACAUAGGCGAUAUGUACAGUCACGACGGGGACACGGAAGAGCCCGAGUGGGUGAAGACGGAGCGGGAGCAGUUUGUCGAGUUCCGGGACAAGAACCGUGACGGGAAGAUGGACAAGGAGGAGACCAAAGACUGGAUCCUGCCCUCGGACUACGAUCACGCCGAGGCAGAAGCGAGGCAUCUCGUCUACGAGUCGGAUCAGAACAAGGAUGGCAAGCUCACCAAAGAAGAAAUCGUGGACAAGUACGACUUGUUUGUGGGCAGUCAGGCCACGGACUUCGGGGAGGCCUUGGUACGGCACGACGAGUUCUGAGCCCGGGAAAACCUUCGUCACAGAAAGAAGGGGAGGGGGAAAAACAAUAAUUUAUUUUUUGACAGUUUCCGGAGCAACACGAGGAACUCUCACUACUGAGACUGGCAGUUUCAGGCAACAACACGGAAAAACGGCAGCAGCAGCAACAAGAGACAACCCGUCCCAUCGGCCCUUUACCUUCCUGUAGGGGCGGGUAUGCAAAAGGAGUUCCGAAAACCGUAUUGGCGCCGCCGCUCGAGGGGGCUUUUGUCUGUUUUUAUAGAUCUGCGUUUUGUUUUUACAUCUAACAAGUUCUGUUUAUUUUUGUA